CGGGGCCGAAUCGCAGCAAGGCCAGCUCAAUGCCCACACGCCCCACAUCCGACUCGCUGACGGCCCGAGGGUCCCAAUGCCCACCUCCCCUGUCCGGCUCGAUCUCGCCUCUCUCUCGUUUUCUCGAUCCCUCCCGAUCUUGCAGGCUGACAGCCGGCGGCAGGCGCGCGCCGGCGACCAGAAGGCAGGCGCGACGCCGCGAGCCUGCGACCGUGAGGCCAGUGCCAAAGGCGCAGCAGCAGCCCAGCAGGGGCGACAGGCAGAUCAAGAAAUCCCCACGGUGGCUCGACGAGCAGAAUCGACGCAUCGCAAAUUCGCAAUUCCUGAUUUCCUCCACGAUUGAUAACGCGGCCCCUGUUCGAUCGCUCUCCCCGACGGGCAGCCACGGCGGCGCCGCGCCGGCGCGGCAGCGGCCGAAGCCGAACGGGACCUCGGAUUCUUCGCGGGCCGCUCGGCUGAAGCCCGUCAAGCCGCCGGCCCGGCCCCGCGCGCAUUCGUCGACCACGCCGAUCAGUCAGUCACUCGGAGCUUCGAAAAGCAAAGCAGCAGGCCUUUCGUAUUUAAUCCCACCUCGCCAUUUCGUGCGUAAUCCGCGGCGGAUAAAGCGCGCCCCAUUCGCGUCCGUAUCUCCGGGUCUGGGUGCAGGCCUGUCACUCCAGCGUGUAGGAGGGCAGAGUUGGCGAAGGGAAAAGCUCGGUCGCGGGAGCCCGCCGGGGGGGGGGGGGGGUGGUCUCUCUCCGGCGGGGCCGGAGCUCUCCUGAGAGUUUCUGGCCGCGGGAGCCACCGGAGGCGAGAGCAUCUCUCCGGCGGGGCCGAGCCCGGGUUCGGGUGCGUUCGAGCCCAAAAAGGCCAGAGCGCGGCUCUGGGCCCCCCAGCGCUUUUGCCCAACUGGGCAAGGGCCCGGGCCGGGGGGGAGACCGCAGAGCAGCAGCAACCACUAAAAAUAUAGAAUAAAGAAUAAUUCCAGGCGUUUGAUGAGGUCUCUGUGUGGUUGCUGGUGCGAGGACGCGUUGCACCACCCUGGCUUUUGAAACGUGGCGGAAAUUGGUCUCCGGCACAGAACCCAUGUAAAAAAACUUAGGCUUUGGGGGCCUUUCCCGUUUGGGAGGAGAGGCAGAUGGGCAACCCAUGUUAUGUUGGGAGAUAUGUUGUAAAAAAAAAAAUAAAGCCACUGGGGUCUCUCCUCCUAAUCCGGGAGUCUUUGGGUUUACGAUCUCGAACU